CAUCAAAAACUCAAAACCAAGUGCACAACACUCUCAGAUAUUUCUCUCUCUCUCUCUCUGGAUCUUUGACUUUUGGGGUGAUUUUGUUGCUGGGUUUUGGUGGGUAAUUUGUGGUGGAAAUGGCUGGGGGCGUGAACAGGAAGAUAUCGGCAGCGUCUGCCAGAGCUCACACCAGAAGAGCUAAGCAAAAAAGUUCCUUUCAGCUUCCCUCAGGGCUCUUAAAGAAAACAACAGUUUUGUUUUUGGUGGGGUUUCUAGCAUGGGCUUAUAAGGCAGUCCAACCUCCUCCACCGAAGAUAUGUGGUUCUGCUGAUGGUCCCCCUGUUACAGCACCAAGGAUCCAACUUAGUGAUGGAAGGCAUUUGGCCUACAAAGAGCAUGGUGUGCCUAAAGAAAUGGCGACCCAUAAAAUUGUCUUCGUCCAUGGUUAUGAUUCUUGCAGGCAUGAUGCUGUUGUCGCCAAAACUCUAUCCCCGGAUAUAGUUGAAGAGUUAGGGAUCUACAUUGUUUCUUUUGACAGACCUGGUUAUGGGGAGAGUGAUCCUAACCCAAAGAGAACAGUGAAGAGCAUGGCUUUGGAUAUAGAAGAGCUUGCUGAUCAAUUGGGAGUCGGAUCCAAAUUCUAUGUAAUUGGUUUCUCCAUGGGUGGGCAGGUUGUUUGGAGUUGCCUCAAGUACAUACCUCACAGGCUAGCAGGAGUGGGACUAUUAACUCCAGUGAUUAACUACUGGUGGCCUGGUUUUCCUGCAAAUUUAUCUAGUGAAGCCUACAACCAACAGUUACAGCGAGAUCAAUGGGCACUUCGUGUUGCUCACCAUGCACCCUGGCUCACCUACUGGUGGGAAACACAAAAAUGGUUCCCUACUCUUAGCGUUGCAGCUCUUAGUCCUGAUAUCCUUUCUCACCAGGAUAGAGAACUCAUGUCUAAGCGUUCCGAUAGGGAAAACUAUGUGGCACUGGUAAGACAGCAAGGAGAAUACGAGUCCCUCCAUCGUGACGUGAAUGUUGGAUUUGGGACCUGGGAGUUCAGUCCCAUGGAUCUGGAAAACCCAUUUCCAAACAAGGAAGGUUCAGUCCACCUGUGGCAGGGAGAUGAAGAUAUGAUUGUGCCCGUUACACUGCAACGUUACAUUGUGCAACGGCUACCAUGGAUUCACUAUCACGAGUUAGCAGGAGCUGGGCACCUGUUUCCCCAUGCUGAUGGAAUGAGUGAUAGUAUCGUCAAGGCAAUAUUGGUAGGGGAGAAGUAGGCUUCCACAUAUGUAAUGGGCUACCCCCGGUGAAUGCCUGGUCAAUGCAUGGGGUUCAUGUUGAGUGGAAGAGCAGGAGCUGGUUGUUGUCAGAAAAAAAAAAACACAGCUAAUGACGGAGUUUGUAAUGAAAACGUUAAAAAGUUUGGAGUUUACACAUGCAUGUUAUGAGCGUAUUUAUUUACACCGUCUUUCAUGAGACAGGCGAAAUUAGUGGGUGACUUUUUGUUCA